AUGGCAAAGACCGACAAUCUUACCUAUCUCAAGGGUCGAGAAGACGAGUAUGACAACGAUGAGGCUGAGUGGGACGACGAAGGAAACAGGGCUGGGUGGGACGACGACAACGAGGGUUGGGGUGAUGGGGACAACGACGGGGCUGGGUGGUGGUCAUUUGGGGGUGAAGGGAACACGAUGUUGAUCAGGGGUUUUGGGGAUUUGGUAGGGGUGAUUAGUGGCAGGUCCGGUGGUGGUGGUGGUCGGGAAAUUGAACGGGUUGUUCUUGAAAAGGGGAGCAACGAUGGCAACUCGUCGUUGAUAUUGGCCGAUAAGAGAACACGAAGGAAAGAUCCGAGGGACGAUUUCAAGUACUACACUCGCGGAUGGAAUGUCAGUGAUGACCAUUACAUUUCUUCUGUAUCGUUUACUGCUGCCCCCUUGUUCGCCAUUGCGGUAAUCUGGUUUGCAGGAUUUGGUGUAUCUUUGCUCCUAAGCUGUUGCUGCUACUGCUGCUUCCGAAGACGCCCUUAUGGCUAUUCGCAAACCGCUUAUGCACUUUCUCUCGGUUUUCUCUCCCUCUUCACUAUUUCCGCAAUUGUUGGAUGCAUCGUCUUGUACACAGGGCAAGGGAGGUUUCAUAAUAGCACAACGGACACGUUGGAUUAUGUCGUGAGUCAAUCCAACGAUACGGUUUCACACCUCAACAAUGUGUCUGCUAUUCUUUCUGUAGCCAAGGGCAUUGAAGUAGAUCAAGUUUCUUUGCCGUCAGAUAGCAAAAACGACAUCGAUAGGGUCCAUAAAAUGAUCGAUGCUGCUGCAAGAGACCUCCGAUUCGAGACCAGAAAGAAUGAGAAAGAUAUACAACGGGUUUUGAAGGCCGUAAGGCUUGCUCUUAUUAUCAUUGCUGCUGUUAUGCUUCUUGUGGCUCUUCUUGGUUUUUUGUUCUCUCUUCUUGGAUUGGAGGUUUUUGUGUACAUCUUGGUGGUUCUAGGUUGGAUUCUUGUUACAGCUACCUUCAUCUUGUGUGGCAUAUUUCUUGCACUCCACAACAUUGCGGGCGACACUUGUAUCGCGAUGGACGAGUGGGUUGAAAAUCCGACGGCUCAUACGGCUUUAGAUGAUAUUCUUCCCUGUGUGGACGAUGCAACUGCUCAAGAAACGUUAUCUCAGAGCAAAAACAUCACUUUUCAAUUGGUGGUGAUGGUGAAUAGCAUCAUUAACAACAUCUCCAACAUCGAUCCUGUUGAACAACCGUUUGCCAGUUUCGUUAGCUUCAAUCAAUCAGGUCCGUUGGUUCCCACGCUUUGUAAUCCGCUAAACGCUAACGGAACAGAUCGAAAAUGUCAAGCGGCUGAACUCAACUUCGAUAACGCAACCAGGGUGUGGAGGAAUUAUGUUUGUCAAGUUUCUGCAAAUGAUACAUGCGCAAGCGUCGGGCGGUUGACUCCAAAGAUGUAUAAACAGAUGUCGAUUGCAGUGAACGUGAGCGAUGGAUUGACCGAAUAUGGUCCGUUUCUAGCAGGGUUACUGGACUGUAGCUUCGUUAGAGAGACUUUUAUCGGAAUUCAUAAGGAUCAUUGUCCGAAUCUUAACAAAUACAGCGAAUGGAUCUACAUUGGUUUAGCAAUUGCAUCGACUGCUGUCACGCUUUCGUUGGUUUUAUGGAUUUUGUAUGUCCGCGAAAGGAGGUACCGUAGAUACACUAAACUUCUUGUUGUUGCAUCUCCGCCUACGAUCGAUCGACGAUGGAAAUGA